AUGGCUUCUGAGCUGGAGCUUUCAGGCGGCUUUAUCCCUGCACUGUACAAACCAGCGACCCUGUUGCCGAUCGCGCGACAUAAGCAGAGUUUGCUGUACCUGGUUGAAACCUACCAGGUCACCAUAGUUGUGGGCCAGACAGGGAGUGGGAAAACAACACAGCUUCCCCAAUACCUCGAUCAGGCUGGUUGGUGCGGCGAUGGCAAGGCCAUUGCUGUGACGCAGCCUCGGCGGGUGGCUGCUACUACGGUUGCGACUCGAGUCGCAGAGGAGAUGCGCUGCAAGGUCGGCGAAGAAGUGGGAUAUUCAAUCCGCUUCGAAGACGUCACCUCUGCGGCGACCAGAGUCAAAUUUUUGACUGAUGGAAUGCUGCUCAGAGAAGCACUGGUAGAUCCUCUGCUAUCGCGGUAUUCCGUGAUUAUGGUCGACGAAGCCCACGAACGAUCUCUCAGCACCGACGUUCUGCUUGGGAUUCUGAAAAAGAUCAUGAAGAAACGCCCCGAGCUUCGCAUUAUUGUGAGCAGUGCGACACUACAAGCAGAAGAAUUCCUUCGAUUCUUUGUGGGCGAUGAAUACAAACCAGACGCAGACGCAGCUGAUUUGGGUAGCGGGAUCGGGAGGAUUAUCAGCUUGGAAGGCAGGAUGUAUCCUGUGGAUACGCUGUUCCUCGAAAACCCUGCUGAGGACUAUGUUGAACGGGCAGUUAAGACUGUCUUCGAUAUCCAUACCCAAGAAGGAGAGGGCGAUGUGCUACUUUUCUUGACUGGCCGGGAAGAGAUUGAUCGUGCAAUUCAGUUGAUGUCGGAGCGUGCCGCAUAUCUCAACCCGAAGUCCCCUUCACUGCUCACCCUGCCACUUUAUGCAGGUCUUACUACGGAGCAGCAGAUGUACGUUUUCGAACCGGCACCGGAGAACACGCGGAAGGUCAUAGUGUCAACGAACAUUGCAGAAGCAUCGGUCACAAUCGAUGGAAUUGUCUAUGUGAUAGACUGUGGCUUUGCCAAACUUAGGGCUUACAACCCUAGUACGGGCAUUGAGACCUUGACUGCCGUGCCGAUAUCAAAGGCAUCAGCUACGCAACGCGCUGGACGUGCGGGUAGAACAAAGCCUGGGAAAUGUUUCCGUCUUUACACUCAACAGAGCUAUGAGCAACUACCUGCGGCAACCGUCCCCGAAAUUCAGCGGUCAAACCUGGCACCUGUCGUCAUGCAGCUCAAGGCAUUGGGCGUUGAUAAUAUUGUUCGCUUCGACUUCUUGACGCCACCUCCAGCAGAACUUGUUAUCCGCGCCUUCGAGCUGCUGUAUUCCCUUGGCGCAGUGGAUGACUAUGCUAAACUCACAAAACCACUGGGCAUGCGAAUGGCUGAACUGGCCGUUGACCCGAUGAUGGCCAAGGUCCUUCUUGCUGCGCCUUCUUUCAAAUGCCUGAGUGAGAUGCUUUCCAUUGCAGCAAUGGUGAGCCUCCAGGGGACUGUGUGGGUGCAGCACGAUGGGGAUAAAAAGGCCGCUGAGAAUCACCGGCGCAAAUUUGCUGUGGAAGAAGGUGACCAUCUCACCUAUCUGAAUGUAUACCGAGCAUUCGUGACCAAAGGAAAGAAGGAUUCGAAAUGGUGCCGUGAUAACCUACUCAAUUACCGAGCUCUACUCCGCGCCGUCAGUAUCCGUGGCCAACUUAAGCGGUACCUUGAACGCUUUGGCAUUCAAAUUGACGAGAGUCUCUCAACUCAUCACAACGGUGCCGGCUUAAGUACAUCACCAGAGCAGAUACAGCGGUGCCUGACAACUGGCUAUUUUGCUCAUGCGGCAAAGAUGCAGCCGGACGGCACAUUCAAGACUGUCAGUGGGAGUUUGACUCUCCAUGCUCACCCUAGCUCUUUGAUGUUUGUAAGUGUUCCCGACUCCUCUACCCUCACGGUAUAUAUUGCUAAUUUAUUGGCCAACCAGAACCGAAAAGCGGACUGGGUGAUAUUCCAUGAAAUAAUGCAAACCGGCGACAAGAUCUAUAUCCGUGACGUGACGAAGAUUGAGAAGAGCUACCUCCUGGAAUAUGCUCCUGAAUAUUACCGGGUUACAUGA